AUGUCCGAAUUUCCAAACAAAGACGCAAUGCCUCGUCCAGAACAGAUACUCGAGACCAUGAAGGAGGCUGACGGAAAUGGCCUCGAUGGUUCAAAGAGAAGCCCAGGAACCAUGCCUGAGUAUGCACCUGCACCACCCCUUACCGACGCAGAACUAGAACAGUACUCAUAUUUGUUUGAUUUCGAUGCUGCGACAAUGUUAGAUGCUGAUUGGACGGGGCAAGUAACCGAAAACUUUGAUCAAUGCAACGCGAUCAGUUCAAAUCCAGAUUUGAAUGCUUCCCCUUUCUCUACCAAAGAGGAUUAUCCGAUUGUAACAUCGUCCGCUUCUGCAAACCAGCCAAGCAGUGAGCAAGUUAUCGUUGAUACGCCACCCAUCGAUAUUCCAGGUCUUGAAAACUUUGGAUUGCGUCAAGAACAGCAAGUUGAUUUCUUGAAUACCUCAGAUGAAACUAUCCAUCAGGAGAUCAAUUCAUGGUAUGCCAAUGUAGGGGCGGCUCAAGCAAAUUAUGAUGCAUUUCCUGAACAAAAUGUAGAGGAAAAAGCCCUCGAAUUUACCGAAGAAGAUCAAGUGGUAUUGGAUUCAUUUGGACCAGCUAUCGCUGAUGAAAUUUCUGCGAAAUACCCAACCCAAGAUCGAUUGAACAUGGCUGUUUCUCAAAGUUCGCAGGCUCCUACUGCCCAGAGUGUCGCGCUUCAAGGCUCGGAGCAAUUGAGUGGCACGAGUGAUACAAAUAGCCUCGAAGUCCCAACUUCCAGUCGCGUUCAGCCAAAGGAUAACUUCACAACCCAAAGUCAAUUGGACUCGUUGGUUGAAUGGACUGAAAAGAAGUAUCAAUCGAGUAUUUGGAACUUCAAUAAAUACGAUCAAACCUUUCUGUCAGCGCAAACCAUACCAUCACCACCAAUGGACCAUGAUGAACAUAUCGUAAGCAAUUAUCAGGAAUCGAAAUCUCAAUCAUCAAUUAAGAUUCAGGAGUUAGCACCUGUUAUGAUUGUCCAGCGACCAGAAUUUCGUCAUAAUCAAGCUGGAGCUGCUCAGAAUAGAUGUGAGCACAACUUAUUGCGUAGCCAUGAAGGAUAUGAUGAGCCUAAUCAAAUCUCGCAGAUGAAGAGUGAAGGUGAUUGGAAAUAUGCUUCACUACCGCAUCGGUAUCCCAAUUCAUCCCAUGGAGAUUUAAAUGCGGCUCAAGCCCCACAACUGUACUCUUGCCUGAAAGCAUUUGGUAACAACAACAUCAACGCCGGAAUUGAGCUGCAACGAGCAGGCAAUGACCCUACCGGUAUAGAGAACAGAGUGGGUACUACUCACAAUGUCCAAUCUCAACGUAAUGGAAAUAGCCAACGUGGUAAAGCUAGCCAAGUUCCAAAGAAACGAGCCGGCUGGGAGACGCGACCCGACGCCACUAGGCCCAGAGUUCGAAUGACUGAGGAAGAGUUUCAGUGGCUACGACCGAAUGAAGGACCGCGUGAGGUCUUUGAAACACAAAGAAGAAAGGCCGCUGAGGAAAGAUUGAAGGAAGAGGCAGAUGCCGAAGCACUUGAGAAGGCGGGGAUACCUAGGCCUCGACCCAAGCAGCAGAAGCCAUUUAAGGGGGGUAUUCACAUCGAGGUGUGGGAGAAGGAUAGGCUGAAUGAUCGCCGUCUUGCUCAGGGUAAGUCGGGCCGGGAUCUCUUCUCUGAGAAACCAAAGCUUCGAGGAAAGAGAAAGGGACGCGGCACGUCGGAGACGGAGCUUCCACAACCAGAGUUGAAGAAAUCGAGGCUACAGGAAAGAGACAACUUUGAAAAUCCGCCACUAACGAGUAGCACUACCCAUGGAAUGCCUAACAUUAGUUAUACUGGAAAUCAUUUCGUCAACCAUAACUAUACUAAUAACUACACGAAUAAUAAUUACACCAGCACAAUGUCUGGAAAUGGCGCAACAUACCCCGCAAUGAUCAACCAUGGAUAUGUUGGCUCGAUGUCGGGAGCUGGUGGAAUGAACCCGGGAGUUAUUCAGAGCGCAGAUGCCAAUUCGAUGCCUCGAUCUGGCGGUCAAAUUCCUUCGAUAAUCCCUGGAAAUUAUCAUAGAGCCGAACAAGCAGGCCCAGCAGACCUAUUCCAAGCUCGAUUCAACCACAACCAGCGUACGGGAGAGUUCCCUAGUCAAAUGAGAAGUAGUACUGAAGCUAGGAACAUCAGAAUCAUUGUGCCACCUCCACGAUAUAAUCAGCAAGGGGAUGCUUCCGGAAACCUCCAGCCUCAGCUUCAAUCUCUGCAACGACCAACUGCACCAAUUUUUGGAGCCGGAAUGUCCCGAAAUCAGCCCAGCAAGUAUCCUGCACGCUCAUCAAUGGCUCAUGUUAGUAAUGACAUCUCAUCAUAUUUAGCUGAACAGAAUGCGCAAGCCUUUAGGUCUACCGGUCAUGUUUAUCCCCAAGACCCACUCUGA